CAGCUGAUUGAUGCAGUUGGCAACGCCACAGCUGAUAAACAGUAAAAUAAGCUAGGAUGAAUGCUCUCAGAAAGUACCGCUAUAGCUUUUUGGCUGGCGCAUGCGCUGCCGGCGGCAGCUUCUUUGGCAAAUUGCCCAGUUUUCUCGAUGCACUGAGCCUGCUGCAGCCAAAUGCAAUGAACUCAGUCGCCGGCUUUGCGUAUGUAGAAUUUGCGUUGGUCCAGCUGCUGCCGCUUGGUUUAAUGCUCUGCUGUAAUGUGUGCAAUUUACGCUACUUUCUGAAGGCCUUGCAAAUGACCCAACAGACAUUAACGGCAACUGUCUUAACAGCCGCCUCCAACUACGUGUUAUCAUUCAUUCUAGGUACGAUCGUUUACCGGGAACCGCUGACUGCGCUGUCCGGCGUGGGCAUAACUCUUAUAUUAGCCGGUUUGUGGUUCCUAUGCGAUACAACGGACUCGAGAAGAGCGUCGGUCGGACAAAGAACUGUAGCCAAACAUAAACAUAUCUAGGCAUUUUAAAAUUAGUCUUCCGAAAUUGUUAAGGAAAAUUAGCACCUACGAGACUGCACUAAUGGGUCUGAAGAAUGUAAUUGAACUUCUAUUGAAAAUUGCAUUUUUCCGUUAAUGAAUAACUUUUGUUACUUAUAUAAGUUUCGUUUAAUGUCACUAAUUUGCAUAUAUAAAUACAUCAUUUUUGUUUUUCAUUUUUAAUGCACAUAAGUGGGGCAUAGAGUUUCUGCAUUUUUUGUUUUGUUUAAUAUACAGCACUACAUACAUAGUGUAUAUGUUUAUUAAAUACGCGCGCUUCUUGAUUUGUAGAAAAAAACAAAAUACAUUUGUAAACAAAUAAUGGUAGUAAGAGCACAAACUAUAAAUAUAUUUGUUUAUAGUAAAUUACAUAAGUUGCGUUUUCUUUUCAUAUGUUCAUCAUCCAUUCGCAAUGUAUUAUAUUAAUUCAUUAAAUAUAAUUUGUAUGUUUCAAAAUUGUUAUUUAAUUACUAAGACGUAUAAAUACUAUUAUUUUCUGUUUCCAUCAAUUUAUUAACUUGAAAAGUAUUACGUACUUUUCCAAGCUCCUUUCUCCUAAUUCUUCUGUUCGCAUUCAAUUAGCAGCUGUUUGUCCAGUGCCCAUGCACUUGCACUUAUUCUCUGCAUUUGUUAAUAUUUUACUUUUGUUUCUUCUUCUUGCUAUUGGGUUUUAGAAACCCGAUGCAUGUGUGUGUGUUUGUUUUUGAACUUUCCUGUAUGCUUGUAUUGUUUAGUUUGAGUGUUUGCUUUUAUAAGUGUUCUAAAAACUAGGUUGUUGUUUUGUUUUUAUUAAUUAAUAAUUAAAUAAAUCAUAAUUAUAUAGAAACAUUUGAUUGUA